AUGGUCUUUGCAUUCCGCUACCAGCCUUUCAAGGCCAUCUACACGCUGAGCACCGUAGCUGGUUUGCUCUUGCGACUGCCCUAUUGGACGCUCAUCAAUCUCCUUCCGUCCUGGCGGCCUAGGACCUCCUGGACCUUGGGCAGAGCCAUAUUCGUCAACCUUUUUCAGGUGUACAUUGCUUACGUAUACGAGACGGGUAUCCCAACUCCUGCAUACCCAAAGGAGGAUGCGCCAGACGCCGCCACCACUGGUCUCAAGGCGUCUCCGGGAGAGAAAGUCAUCUAUCACUUGCAUGGUGAGUCGGACCGCUCUAUGGGGACGGCGAACCCGAGCAGUGUAAGCAUGAAGUACCUCUAUGAAGGCCUGCAGGAGCACCUGCCCAAGACCCGCAUCUUUGCCCUUGAAUACCGUCUUUCGAGCGCCGAGGCGUUCGGGAGAGCCAAUCCUUUCCCAACCGCGCUCAUCGACGCUAUUUCCGGCUACCGCUACCUGCUCGAGGUGGUUGGCUUCUCCGCGAACGACAUUGUCAUCGGAGGCGACUCGGCGGGCGGCAACCUUGCAUUCGUCCUCACGUACUAUAUCAGCAAGUAUCAGCUACCGAGCCUGCCAGCUCCGCGGGGCAUGAUCCUGCUGUCCCCGAUGGUUGACUCGGCGUUGACGCAUGUCGGACGCGACUCUUCGAUGUACAAGCACUCACGAUCCGACUUCGUGGGCCCUAUCUUCUACAGUGGCUACAGCAAGCGAGCGAUGCUUGGGUAUCUGCCCGACGAUGUGGCGUCGACGGUAUGGUUCUCCUCCGGAGCGCUACACCUCGCAGUGAUGAAGGACAUGUUCGCGAACCUGCCUAAGACAUUGAUGAUCACCGGUGGUGCGGAGAUGGCCCUUGAUCCCAUGCGCACGCUGAGGGACAGGAUGGUGGUGGAUAUGAGUAAAGACGAGGUGACAUACGUCGAGGUCCCUGAUUCGACUCAUGACUUCCUCGUGCUGCCCUUCCACGAGCCGGAGAGAACUGAUACUUUCCGUAUCCUUGCAGGCUGGGUGAACAGCCUGUGAAGAAUCCCACGGGCUCAUCGCCGUCGGCUGGCAUCGUACGCGAGUGGACGCGCAACAAGAAGAAAGGUGCCGUUCCGAACAGGUCGAGCAGCGAUCAGACGAUCGUCAUCGAGAUCCCAUAACACUUCGGCCGAUCACGUGGCUAUCGGGGAGUUCUCUACUGCGGCCAGCUUCUGCCGUCUCUCGACGAGACGCUGCUUGCCCCACUGACUGUUUCACGCGCAUCGCCUCUCCCAGUUGUGUUUUGACAACACUCUGGACCUCCGUUCCUCUUUCUUUUCUACACUCAUCUAGACAACGAUGCGCCUUUCCUCUCCACGAUGCAUAGCG